AUGGCAUCCGAGUCCGACACUACAGACACAACAGACAUGGACAUAGACACCGAUGCCAAUAGCCAGACCGAGACCGAGACCCAGACCCAGACCCAGACCGAGACCGAGACCGAGACCGAGACCCAUAACGCCGACCCGCCCGUUCGGCACGUCUUGGUGAAGUGUGACGCGGCCGUCUUCGCAUACGACGGCCAUCAUCUGACCUACCAAGACCAUGGCUAUGCCAAGGAUAUUGCGCCAUACAUCCCGCCCCCCGUGACAGCGGAAGCCGAGGCCGCAGACGCCGAAUGCCCACAGCCGAGACAGGUCCCCCACAAGCCUCCGGCCUGGUGGCAGGCCCAAUGCUUGUUUCGAGGUCUGCCGUCCCACGGCACCGUCGCAGACCUGCAAGAGCGGCUGCGAGGUCACGAGAACGAUCCCAUCCCGAGGGAGACCCGGGAGCGGGCUCGGAGGACCUUCAAGCGACAGAAUGCCCGGGCGAGGGAGCACAGCUGGCGCCACGAGAUGUCACCGGAGGAGAAGGCCAGCCGGGAUCCGCGCCGGUACUUGAGAGAGAUGUUUCCGGCCGGCAGUCCGGUCAAGGAGCCCGUGCUGUUGACCACCUACUUUGUCAUCAAUAUCCAAGAGACGGCCGAGGAGCUGGGCCUGUGGUGCGCGUACACCCACGCCCCGACGGAGACCGAGGCCGUGGUGCAGAUGGCAAGGUACUGGGUGGUCGUCGGCCCGGACAGAUCGGCCGUGACGGAGAGGCUGCGGAUGAUGGAGAGGGAAUCGCAGCGGCUGAAGUGCGAGCAGGAGGAAGAACGGCGGGAGCUGCGGAGGAAGAACAGGGCCUUGUUGAGGUCCCGGCAGUUGGAGGCCAAGCACGCUGUGGCCAGGUGCCAGGACUGGGAUGUUUCCGGGGUGUGGCACCUCCGCUGUCCGCAGAUCCAGGAGGGCUGGGACGUGCAGAACAUGACGCUGAAGAUCUAUCUGGAGCGGACGGCGGAGGGACCGCAGAUGUUUGCGGACUUGGAUUUCGGGGCGGUGGCGGGCGUCUUUCGGUUUGAGCGAUGCGCAGGCGGAGCGAGGAUGACGGCGCCGAUGAAGCCUGACCGUGAUGACCACGACGACGAGUCCGGAGAGGAUGACGAGAACGAGAACGAAAACGAGAACGAAAACGAAAACGAAAACGACUAUGAUUCCAGUGGUCAUUCGAGCGACGGGGAGAGCGGCCAGAUGGAUAUACACAACCAGGAAGGCGACGAAGAUAACGAGCACAGGCGGCACAGCCCGACCCCCGACGUCUUUUACUUCGGCUCGACGACUCAACCCGCCGCGAAGAACCACCCGUGGAAUUAUCGCUACCGCGGCGAAGACCCCGCCGCGGGCGUCGUCGACCAUGGCUCAGACGAAAAAUUGUACACCAUAACCGUCUGCGCCCCGACGGGCCGGACUCUGCAAGGGACUUUCGGCGGCAGCGCCUUCGGCGAUUGCACGUUCACCGGCGUGAAGGUUGGAGUCGGCGGGCCUCCCGAGAUCGACACGAGCGAGGAAUGA